CCUAAACCUCCGAAGCAGUCGUCCAUGGCGUCCUCCGCCGCACUCCGAGAACGCCAGCGAAUCCUGGUGAAACUCCUCUGUAAUCUCUCCCAUUCCCGAGCGAUGGGCGGCGGCCCCCGCACUUUCCCUGGCGGGCUCAACAAGUGGCAGUACAAGCGCAUGCAUGAGAAGAUGGCUCGCGAGAAGGAGCGCCACCUCCUCCAUCAGGAGAAGCAGUUAUACUUUGCCCGCCUCCGCUCAGAGAUUCGCGCCAAGAUUGGUGGAAAACAACCUCCGCCUUCCGACGAUGCCUCCGGCACCGGCCCUAUGUCAUCCAAGGACCACAUCAAAGCUCUUGCCGAUCGAUUCAUGAAGGCUGGAGCGGAGGACCUAUGGAACAAGGACGAUGGGCCGCUUUUCUCCUCUUCUCAGCGCCCGCCCACUCGGCAGUCCGAUCGGGACGGGCCCGCUCGAUUUGAGGCAGAUCGUCAAAAGCGGAUGGUAAAAAAGGGUUUUAGGUUUCCAAGGAUUAGUACUGAAACUGGGGUGGAAAUGGAGGAAGAGACUGAUCAGGGUGAUGCUAGGAUAAGGAGGAAGAAGAUGAUGAGUAGUGCUGCAUUGAGGAAUAUUGAUAUUAAGAAAGAGAGAUGGAGGCUUAGGUCUUUUGAAGAGGAAGACAAGAUAUCCGACCAGAUUCAAGCAAUUCGUGAUGAAUUGAAGAAAAAAAGGAGGCAUUUGGGAGUGAUUUUGAGGCGGCCUGAAGUGAAGGAAGAAUCACUACUCACUCAAAAAGAGGAUUUCAAUAAUCGCAGAUUUGAUGAGUGCAACAUCUCUCCGCUGACGGUCAAAGCACUUGCUGCUGCUGGUUAUUCACAAUUGACUGUAGUUCAAGAGGCUGCCAUUCCUGUCUGCCUUGAGGGCAAGGAUGUUCUUGUCAAGGCUAGGACAGGGACUGGCAAGACUGCUGCCUUUCUGCUUCCUGCUAUUGAAACAGUUCUCAAGGCAACUAGCAGCAAUAUCAAUCAGCGAGUGCCGCCAAUAGUUGUUCUGAUUCUUUGUCCAACAAGGGAGCUUGCUAUUCAGAUUGCUGCUGAAACAAAUGUUCUCCUAAAAUACCAUGAUGGCAUCGGUGUCCAAACAUUGAUCGGGGGCACACGCUUUAAGCUUGACCAGAAGCGAUUGGAGUCAAGUCCUUGCCAGAUUAUAGUUGCCACUCCUGGCAGGCUAUUAGAUCACAUAGAGAACAAGUCUGGAUUCUCAAUGCGUUUAAUGGGGUAGUUAAUAAUACUUGAUGAGGCUGAUUACUUGCUGGACCUGGGAUUUGGAAGGAUAUAGAGAAAGAUUGUUGAUUGUAUUCCACGCCAGAGGCAAUCUUUGUUGUUCUCAGCUACAAUGCCUAAAGAGGUUCGUCGGAUUUCACAGCUCGUUUUGAACCGGGAUCAUGAAUUUGUUGAUACACUGGGUUUGGGAGGCUUGGAAACUCAUGCCAAGGUUUCCCAAUCAUAUCUUGUUGCAGCACAUGGAUUGCACUUUUUUAUAGUUUAUCACCUUCUGAAGGAGCACAUUAUGCAAGUUGUUGAUUAUAAGGUAAUUGUCUUCUGCACAACUGCUAUGGUGACAGAAUUUAUGUUCAUGCUUCUCCAUGAUUUAAAGAUGAAUGUGAGGGAAAUCCAUUCCCGGAAACCUCAACUUUACAGAACCCGUUUAUCAGAUGAGUUCCGGGAGUCCAAGCAGUUGAUUCUAGUAACAUCUGAUGUUUCAUCACGUGGGUUGAAUUAUCCUGAUGUAACUCUGGUGAUUCAGGUGGGAAUUCCUCCAGAUCGUGAACAAUAUAUCCAUCGGCUUGGAAGGACAGGGCGUGAAGGCAAAGAUGGAAAAGGCAUACUCUUGCUUGCUCCAUGGGAAGAGUACUUCAUAGAUGAAAUAAAAGAUCUUCCAACAGAGAAGACUAAAUUACCAGAACUAAAUUCAGAUAUAAAGCAGAAGGUUGAAGAAUCAAUUGGAAAGAUCGAUCCAAGCAUCAAGGAAGCAGCCUACCAUGCAUGGCUUGGAUACUACAACUCGAUCAGUGAGAUAGGAAGGGAUAAAACAACUCUUGCAGAGCUAGCAAACCAGUUCGGCCGAUCAAUCGGCUUAGACACCCCUCCUGCACUCUUUAGGAAAACAGCACUGAAGAUGGGACUAAAGGGCAUUCCUGGCAUUCGAAUCAGGAAGUGAAAAACCUUUUCACUUCUAUACUGAAUGAUCACAAGAAAGAUGUGCAAAAGCUAAAUUAGAACUCAAACUUGUUAUUGAUUCAAUUCAUGUCCAGUGUCUGAAAUUGUAAGGUGCAGUAUAUGCUGUUGCAUGUACUUUUGAUUAUAGUCAGUGGUCAGGACUACCGACUACAGAAUCUGUGUGGGACUGGCAGUGAAGCUAUUUCCGUUGUAAAUUUAUUUCUAGUCUUUUAUUUAUUUACACCUCUGUUUGUAUCAAAUGGUUUUAAUUUAUUAUUUUUUU